GUGGGUGCGCACUUUAAUAAAGUCUCUGGGGGGAUUUCAGGCGAAGGCACGGUUGGUAUAUGUGGGAGAAAAAGGUGGACAACCCGGAAGAGAGAAGGGAAGAAAUUUCGGUGGAGGGAUUCCUUGGCGGGGAAAGGAGGAGCGCUUUCUAGGGAAGGAGAAAAGGGGGAAAAUCGGAGGAGGAAGACUGUGAGAAGGUGGGCGAAGAUGUGGGCAGCGUCCUGCUUGGCAUCGUGCUGCGCGGCUUGCGCGUGCGAGGCGUGCCGCUCGGUGGCCGGAGGCAUCAGCCGGCGUUCCGCGAGGAUCGCCUACUGCGGCCUCUUUGCGCUUUCUUUGAUCGUCUCCUGGAUCCUGAGGGAGGUCGCAGCGCCUCUGUUGGAGAAAAUUCCCUGGAUCAACCAUUUUCACCAAACUCCAGACCGAGAAUGGUUUCAAACUGAUGCUGUAUUGCGCGUGAGCUUUGGAAACUUCUUGUUUUUCACCAUCCUAGCCAUUAUAAUGAUUGGGGUCAAGAACCAGAAUGAUGUCCGAGAUAGUCUCCAUCACGGUGGAUGGAUGACAAAGAUUACAGUAUGGUGUAUUGUGGUAGUACUGAUGUUUUUCCUUCCAAAUGGAUUGAUCGCCUUUUAUGAGACUAUAUCAAAGUUUGGUGCAGGACUGUUUCUUCUUGUUCAAGUUGUCCUCUUGUUGGACUUUGUUCAUGAAUGGAAUGACAGAUGGGUCAGCAAGGAUGAACGGUUUUGGUAUGCGGCGUUGUUUGUUGCAUCUCUUAUCUGCUAUGCGUUAACAUUCUCAUUUGCAGGGCUUCUUUUCCAUUGGUUCACACCAUCUGGACAUGAUUGUUCUCUCAACACCUUUUUCAUUGUUAUGACUUUGAUCCUUGUUUUUACUUUUGCCAUUGUUGCGCUGCAUCCUAAGGUCAAUGGUAGUCUUCUACCUGCCUCUAUUAUUUCAUUGUAUUGCACCUACCUAUGCUACAGUGCCCUCUCCAGUGAACCACGAGACUAUGAGUGCAAUAGCCUUCAUCAUUCAAAGGCUGUUUCCACUGGUACCCUUGUAUUAGGGCUAAUGACAACAGUUCUUUCUGUUGUAUACUCUGCCGUACGUGCAGGCUCUUCUACUGCUUUGCUUUCCCCACCAAGCUCACCUCGUGCAGGUUCAGAUAAGCCUUUGCUUUCUUUCGAUAAGUUGGAGCAGCAGGAAGAACAAAAGAAAGAGAAAGCACGUCCAGUCACGUAUUCGUACUCCUUCUUCCAUCUUAUAUUUUCUCUGGCCAGCAUGUACUCAGCGAUGCUUCUAACUGGCUGGACGAGCUCGGUAGGUGAGAGCGGGAAGCUCGUUGAUGUUGGAUGGUCAUCUGUUUGGGUCCGUGCAGUAACAGGGUGGGUGACUGCAGCCUUGUAUAUCUGGUCCCUUGUUGCCCCUAUUCUCUUUCCUGACAGGGAGUUCAAUUUAUGAAGACUGCAGCAACGACUCUAAGGCUUAAACCACAGCCCUUAGGGCUUGCAUAACAAAUUUCCCUUCUGGGUUCUAUGCUAGCUUGUAUUAUUCUAUUUCCGUGUAGGAAUUGUGUGUAGUGCGACUAUGAUUGUCAGAACCUUGUCGAAGAACCUUGACCUCUCGACCUCUGGUCACCUCGAAUAAUCUUUGUAUUAAGUCCUGUAAGAAAGAGUUUGGUGGACAGACUUUUUGAGCAGUGGUCUAGCCUUUGAUCCGAGACUGCCGUCGAGAUGGAACUCAUGGGUUCCAUGUAGUUCACACGAUGUCUGGCUCUGGACUGGCCGCUUUACUGUGACGAGUUGCUUUCUAUA